AUGGCAAAAGUGCCGUUCUGCAUACGUGUCUUCGUGCUUUGCGGCACAUUGCAGGUUCUUCAGGCAGCCCGAGCCAACAUCAAUGCGACGGGGGCGUUGUCAACCCCGUCAGUCGUGUGCCAAUGCAAGACACUGAAGGAUGAUGACGACUACUGGAAUGAAUGUCAGGAGUUCAAGGACGGCAAAGCAGAUGAGCCACGAUACUACCGCCAAGGAGACGACGGCAAGCAGUUUUGUUGCAAGUUGAGCAAAGCUGAUGGUGGCCUUUUCAGUAUGAUGAGUGCAUACAAGACGCAGCCGAACUUGGAUUUCUGCAUGGAGGAAGUCCGUCCUUUGGAUCCUGAUUUCUGUUGUGUUCUCACCCCCAAGUCCAGGGGGGAAACUGGCGUCCGUGUCCGCCAGGUUUCGGUGUUCAAUGGGGCCAAAGACCUUCCGGAGAAUGAGCGCACCUGGGAAGACUACACAAGGAAGUCAUUGCCACACUUUCGCAUCGCUGACAUCACUGCGGGCAAUGCCGACCGCAAGGUCAUGGACCCCAGCAGAGUGAGACAAUUUGUGCAAAACUUCUUCGGGACAAGCCCACCAGUGUGCCAGUAUCUCAAGUCUGACAAGCUCCUCGAGGCCUGUGAUCUUCGAUGGCUAGGUUCACCGAAAUGCUGCUGUCGAAGAGAAGCUAUCAUGAACCAGAAGAGGGCUUGCAUUCCGACAAACGCAAUGCAAGUUCCGGGACAUAUCGGGAAAGUUCCCAACAUUCGGAAGAGCUCAGUUCAACAGUCACACGCCGCGCCGCAGGAGAAGGUGGUCGCGCAGCUCUUCCCAGUCCUUCGUCAGGUCAUAGCCCGGGAUCCGGAAACUGGCACCCUGCUGUUGUGGAGUCUUGAGGGGGAGCAGUGGCGGGCGACGGCAACGGAAGACCGAAUUGCUACCUUCACCAAGCCAUUCUGCGAGAUGGAGGACCAGUUCCUCUUCCAGAAGGCAUAUACCGGAGUUCCGAUUCCGGAGACCUUGUGCCUUCGUGCCCUGCGCCAUACAUCAGUGACCAGCAAGACGGGAGGUGCACUUGUCACCGAAACUUGGAUGACACAACGAAUAAUUAUCUGUGGAAGGACGUGCUGA